CAAAACAACUGUCCAUGGCAGUGGCUUGCGAGUAACACAUGAUUUUGCCUAUGGAAAAAGGUAAUGCACAGCACAGGACAACACAGAGGGUAAUAGUAGUACCCCAAAAAGUAAAAGGGUGGGUCAUGAGAUGAGGUGAAUUUCACAGCAAAGAAAGGAAAUCAAACUCAUUCCCACCGCAUAGAGAUCUAUUCUCUGCAGCAAAAGUAAAAAGCUUUGCAAGCAACAAAACCACCCCAACUCCUAAAUCCAGAAAAAGACCAUUUCUUUACAUCUUCCAUGACCUGGCUCUUUGUACCAGCAUGUCAUUGCAAGUUAAGUGUUUUUGCUGGUCCCGGAGUGAAAUCUUUGGUUUUUCAUCCCUUCCCUAGAAAUGAACUUGAGGGAAAGUGGUGAAAGAGGGUGAAUAGCAGUGCUCUAUAGUUCUCUUUCUGGUUGGUGCUACCUACAUUUGUGUGGCUUUUUGUACUUUGUGUACUUCCGCUUCAGAGUUUGUGUUUGCAUUCAUACUGAAAGAUGAGGAAGAAUGGAUGGCAGCUACCUUAUCAUCCUCUCCAGGUGGUGGCUAUUGCUGUGUUUUUGGCUCUGGGAUUUGCCUUCUAUGUAUUUUUUGCUCCUUUUGUUGGGAAGAAGAUGUACCAGUAUGUUGUCAUGGGCCUCUACACACCCCUGAUUACAUGUGUCUUUGCACUGUACAUUUGGUGUGCAGCAUCUGAUCCUGCAGAUCCUGGUGUUUUCAAGUCCAAAAAAUAUCUUAAAAUUCCUGAUAGCAAACAGCUUGAUGGGCUCAAGAGUUCUAAACUAGGAGGGGAAUCAGCUUCAUCAAUGCAUGAUGGGAAUGCUUCAACCGUUGGUCCAAAAUCGAUGGAAAAGGAAGAAUUGGGAACUGAAGCUAGUUUUAAAGAUGCUGCUAUUUCCGCAGAGAAGAAAAGUGCAUCAUCUUCACCUUCUUCUUCAUGUCUCCUAUUGGUUUGCUCUCCUUGUGCUUAUAUCUGUGGCUGCUCAAGUUCAAGUAAGGAAUCUUGUGAUCAACAAGCAAGUGAAGAUGGCAUGUUCUAUUGCAGUUUGUGUGAAGUUGAGGUCUUCAAGUACAGCAAGCACUGUAGGGUCUGUGACAAGUGUGUUGAUCGCUUUGAUCAUCAUUGCAGAUGGCUCAACAACUGUAUUGGGAAAAGGAACUACAGAAAAUUUUUCACCCUUAUGGUUGCUGCUCUCCUCUUGCUUAUACUUCAGUGGUUGACUGGGAUACUUGUGCUUAUCUGCUGUUUUGUUGAGAAGAAGAAAUUUUCUGUGGAUAUCUCCACCAAGUUAGGGAGCAGUUUCUCUCUUGUUCCCUUUGUCAUUGUUGUGGCAGUCUGCACCAUUUUGGCUAUGAUUGCUACCUUACCCCUUGUGCAGCUGUUUUUCUUUCACAUUCUUCUCAUUAAAAAGGGAAUCAGCACAUAUGAUUACAUCAUAGCUUUGAGGGAGCAGGAGCAGGAGCAGCAAAUUGGAGGUCAGCAGAGUCCGCAAAUGUCACCUGUUAGCUCACUUACUGGAUUGAGCAGUGCAAGCUCCUUUACUACUUUCCAUCGUGGUGCAUGGUGUACACCGCCACGGCUGUUCCUUGAAGAUCAGUUUGAUGUAGUGCCCCCAGAAACAGCAUCUGUAAGCUCUUUGGGAAAGAAGACAGCAAGAGACGAGCCGGUUAAGAAAAAGAAUCCUGGAGCAAUCAAAAUCAGUCCAUGGACGCUGGCACGGUUGAAUGCUGAAGAGGUUUCCAAGGCUGCAGCAGAAGCAAGGAAAAAAUCGAAAAUUCUUCAGCCUGUGACAAGACACAACAAUGAGCCUUUCAGGCUGGAACCAGACCACAACUCCGGCAGCAGCGGCCGGCGUAUGAGCCCCAGGGUUGAGACCAACAGACGACGGGCAGGCAAACGGAUUCGCCUACCAGCGGAUUUGCCUAUGGAGGCCAUACCAAAAUUUUCUUCCAGCAACAUCAUUGCCAAAGGAUUCAGUGGAACAUCUAGUUUAGCACCUCUGCAGCUGGAGGCACGUGGUGUGUUUCAAGCAAGUCAGGCUGUGUCAAGCUCAGGUGGGAUUGUUGCUUCAUCGCCCGAAAGCAGUUUAGACUCGCCGGACAUUCACCCGUUUCGGGUGUCUUCAACUGAAGCCGAAGAGGCAAGAAGGCUUGCCAGUCUUUCUGCCAUUGGUGGUGCAAACCUGAAGGGAAUCCCUUUGUCAAGGUCAACCAGUGAUGGGUAUGAGGCCUCUGGUGGGGAAGAUAGUGACAGGGUUCCCAGCAGGGUUGUUCAGAGGUCCACAAAUUGGACUAAUCUGCUGUUCAGUGGUGAUCAAGAGGAGAGAGCUUUUGAUCCAAAACCAUCAUCUAGCCUGGUUCAUAGUAGAAAGUUGUGACCAAUUUGGGUGUUGAUUAAUUAGAAAAAACUAUUUUAAGAUUAUAUUGAUGGGAAUUGUUGAUUCUUUGAUUUGUGAGCCCAAAGGUACUUCAACUUCAACAUCCCUUAACCCUCACCUUGAGGUUGAAUUGAUGCUCCUCAGAGUUUUGGUGGUAGGCUAAGUGGGAAACUAAGUGGAAACCCAUGUACAAAGUUUUAGGUCACAGUAACUCAUGAGCUCGAGCUUCCCAAUCAAUACAUUGUUUUGUGAUCCCUAUUUUCAUAAAAGUUUUCUCAGCCUAGUCCUCUCAUAAAUUAAGUUGUUUUCA